AUGCGGGCAUUAAAAUGGUUGAAGAUAUUGCUGUUAAUCGACUAUACCGCCGGACAAAAUCUGAGGACAGUCCGGCAAGCCGGAUAUACUUACAAUAUACCAAGAAUACCAUUUACUUUACCAAGUCCUAGUCCACCGGCACUACCAAGUUAUCCUGCACCAGUUCCUGUACCAUCAAUGCCUCCUGGAAGACGUACUUAUUUACCACCACCACCACCACCGCCUCCAAUACCUCCACCAACACCGCCACCGCCACCACCGCCACCACCACCACCGCCACCACCACCGCCA